GGAAAAAUUCUACACCAUGAGCGCCCCUGUACCUCGCACCGGAAUUAUUGCUGGCUUCAACAAGGGUCACGUCACGACCCGUCGUGUCCGCCAGCCCACCUCGAACGACCGCUACGGACUGCCGCACAAGAAGCUUCGUGCUGUUAAGGCCAUCAUUUCUGAUCUUGUUGGUCUUAACCCGAUGGAGAAGCGUGUUCAGGAGUUGCUGCGCGUAGGCAAGGAAAAGCGCGCGCUGAAGUUCUGCAAGAAGCGCCUUGGCAGCUUUGGCGCCGCCAAGAAGCGCCGCGCCAAGUUGGAGGAGGCCCUUCGCCAUGCCACCAAGAAGCACAACUAAGUGUCGACCCUGCUAGACUUCUUCUCUUUGUUUCCUCAAUGACUUUUCAAAGCACUGAGGAUUUAGGUCCCAACUUCAGCUUAUAUGAUGGAAACCUUUCCAUUUUUUUCCCCUAAAGCUGUUUAAUUUUUCGUUUCAUUAAUACAUCAUUAAAAAAAUCAAA